CUUACCGACUACAAGCUCUCUUCACACCAUUGCCUGGAUCCAUUGGAACGAACCUGCGAUGAGUGACCAAAGACGUCUAGGACCACGAGACCGUCCUUCUUGCAAGCCCUGUCGCGAUCGCAAGGUUCGCUGCAAUCGGGGCCUCCCUUGCUCGCAGUGCACCCGCUUACAGCUCUCGUGUGUGUUCGAGGCUAGAACGAGAAGGGCCCCCGUAAAUGCUCGAUCGGUCAAGUCUUCUUCGCCAUGCGAUCCGAACGUGCCAUCAUUUUGCGAAACUCCUGCAAAUCAUCAAGCAAAUGAGUCAUCGUCACAACUCCCGCCAGGGCAAAUUAUACAACCGACGAACCAGGAAGUUCUUGACCGACUUGCCCGAGUUGAAGGCCUCUUAUCCCAUCUCGUUUCCUCUGUUCGCGACGGAGCCCCAGUGGGAGACUCAGGUGGACAGAGCAAGCCUGAGACGGACCACGUCCGGGCCCCACCGAUCCUGCCAUCACAAGAAGUUCUUGUUGGAGAUGGCGAGAGAGGAAACUUUGUAGACGAUUCAGUAUUUGUCGGAUUGUUUCUUGGGGACCCGCCUAGACAACGGCCCAUAGCCGGCACCAAGACAAGAGAUCCUGCUACUAACGCAACAACUCAACAUAUACCUCCCCACAACGGCAUAGCUGCCACCGAUAUCUUUGGAUCAGACCUGGAAAUCAUAUCAGUACCUCCUCACAUCCUCACCAGGCUAUGGAUCAUCUAUCUGCAAAAUGUUGAUCCCUUGAUGAAAAUACUUCACAUACCCACGAUCCAGCCAGUGAUGCUCGGCGUGGCAGCCAAGCCUCAAGGAGCGGACCACACGACUCUCGCUCUGCUUUAUGCUACUGCCUUUGCGGCAAUCACCAGCAUGUCUAGCACCGAGGUCGCAACGCAACUAGGAACCGAGAGGUUGGUUCUCCUGCGCCACUUUAUGCGAGAAAUAGACGGCGCAUUCACGAGCGCUCAGUUCUUACUUUAUCCGAACGUGCAGGGCUUGAAGGCUCUAGCAAUCUACCUAACUGCGCUAAGAACCUUCGAUACCGGCCGAACCAUCUGGACACUCACCGGCCUCGCCAUCAGAAUAGCAGAGUCCCUCGGCGUGCACGAAGACGGCUCCCGUCUCGGCCUGGGUCCCUUCGAGACGGAAAUGCGGUGUCGUCUCUGGUGGCAUCUCACAGCCCUAGACGCCACGGCGCCCGAAAGCCAUGGGUUCAACAACACAAUGGCCGACCGCGGCAAAAUCUUUCGCUUGCCGCUGAAUGUCACCGAUACCGAGCUAUGGCCCCAGAUGGAUAAGGCCCCUACCGGAAGAGACGAAUGGACCGAAACGACUUUUUCCAUCAUGAACCUGGACCUCUGCCGCAACCUGCGCCACGCCGUCUCCGCUGUCGGGGCGGCGGACGAGCAGACGAGAGAGGCCAAGAUCCAGCAGACGGAGUCGUCCAUGGCUCACCGCUGGCUUCGAUUCGCACCCAAUAAUAACGACGUGUGUCGUGCCGCGGAGUCUCUGCUUCGGAUAUCUGUAUCCAAAGCGCGGUUCAUCCUGAUGCUUCAGGCCUGGCUGUCGGCGCCGAUGGAAAAUGAGUACAGGUAUCGGUACCUACCCCAUUCCCUGUUCACCAAUGCCAUCGAACUGCUCGAGCAAGGAUAUCUGCUACAAUCAGGGAAGCUUUUCCCCGGUUACGCUUGGUUCUACAAGCAGCAUCCGCAGCUGUACGCCCUGUUCCUCACGCUCCGUACGCUCGUCGAUUCGCCCGAACGAAGGGAGGCGAAGCGCGCUUGGAUUGCUGUGGAUAACUACAUUGUCUGCCUCGCUGAUUUUGAGGAAGCGAAUGAGCGAAGGGGGAAGAAGAGUUGCGUGUGGGCGGCUAUGGGGCCGUUGCGAGAUCGGGCGAGGGAGUCGAUUCGACAGCGUGAAACCACCGAGGACAUGCCAAUGACGGUAGCAGCAGCAGCAGCAGCGUCCCCAAAGAUGCCUCCUGGGGACAAUUUUGGCACUGGGGUAUCUCAACCGUGGAAUGCAAUCGCGCUUGAGCCGCUGGCGUUUGACAAUAUCCUUACGUGGCAUGAUUUCUCAGAUUUAUUUGAUGUCAUUUGAGAUUAAGGCAGAAGCAAUCUG